AUAGCUACAGCAGCAGAGGAGUUAAUAAAGGGAAGCAGCUUAUCACAAGAGAGCAUGUGCGGAUGGACUGCAUGUAUAAAAUGGGUGGCAGGCUGAUUUAAUCUACAGUACAGUACCUGCCAUACCAAAGAGGGAGAGAAUAGAAAGCGGAGCAACAUCCACGGACUGCCCCCACCAUGGCCCUGCACUGAGUGAUGGACACAGAGGUGACCCAGAAGCAGUUGUGCAAAACAAAUGGUUGCCAACAAGACUCCCCACGACUGUUUAAGAAGCACAUCAUCUUGGAUUCUGGGGGCCCAGUGAGGUCCAUCAUCAACACUGUGCAUCAAUAGCCCUACAUUUUAUUGUUUCUGCAAAUUUGGUUGAAAGAAACCUUACAAAUCUCGAGGGUCACCUGUGAUGACCAAAAGGGGCUACUGAUAUCUUUUUUCCAGAAGACCAAAACUUAAGACUUUAAUAACAGAAUCAUUGUAGACCUUGAAGAGAAAAUAUCUGAAAGAAAAAAGUUUCUUUAAAGGCAUGGCGAGAACUGGAAGCAUGGCACCUCCAGAGCCCCUUACAGCCCUGUCCCGUUGGUACCUCUAUGCAAUUCAUGGCUAUUUCUGUGAAGUUAUGUUUACAGCGGCGUGGGAUUUUGUGGUCAACUACAACUGGAAAUUUCCUGGAGUUACCAGUGUGUGGGCACUAUUUAUUUAUGGCACCUCUAUCCUCAUUGUAGAGAAGAUGUACUUAUAUUUAAAAGACAAGUGCAAUAUUCUAAUAAGAUGUCUUAUUUAUACCCUGUGGACAUACAUCUGGGAGUUCAGUACGGGUCUCAUUUUACGGCAGUUUAAUGCCUGCCCCUGGGACUACUCACAGUUUGAUUUUGACUUCAUGGGUUUGAUUACCCUGGAAUAUGCCAUUCCAUGGUUCUGUGCAUCCUUUCUCAUGGAACAACUGGUUAUCCGGAACACCCUACGUUUACGUUUUGAUGAACAUGCAGAGCCAGGUUCCCCGGUGAUGCCCAUGGUUUCUAUGGCUAAUGGUCAUGUUAAAUGUAAAUAAUGAUUAAUACUGUGAAUCAGAAAUGCAACACUGUUAAGUCUCAAGGUCUCAUUACGCACAACAAAUAUACUGUAACUCGCAUGAAAGUCGCUUUUAUUACCAUCCAUUGAUUUUGGCUGCAAGUGAAUAUGUGUCAGUAGCUUCUUUCUGCCUGUGACAUUUAUAAGUACAUUUUCUGCCUUCUCUUUAAUCACCAAAAUAUAGCCUAUGGUGUAUUAACCAUAAGUUAAGUCUUUAAACAUAUACCUUUUAUUGCCUGCAAAGUCAAUACCAACAUACCAGACCUUGCCCUGUUUUCAAUAAAUUUGAAUACUUUCCAGAA